CUUGAAGUCUCGCCCUGGGAGGGAGACGGGUCCGCAGUCUGGCCGCAAAUCCGUGGACCCUCUUCGCAGACGCCUCGCGGAGCCUCAGGAUUGCCUUGGAUGGUGGCCUGCAUCUGACAGUCCCAUCAGCUCUUCUCAGCUCUCCUGAGGCCACAGCUGUCAGCUCCUCUGACCCUCAGCACUUGCCUGGAACAUCUGGGUUUGCCAGACACCUCUUCAGCCCAUCUCUGUCCUGUUGUGUCCUGCCCACCCUCUCCGCUGCGCCAUCUCUUCCUUUCUUCCCCCUUCCUCUUCUAGUCCUCCCCUUUGCCGCCCAGCAUGCCUCAUGGCCGGUGCCAUUGGCACGGCCCUCGCAACCCCAUCCCAGCAGCAGCCAGUUACGCCAAUAUACACCCUUGGCAGCAGAUGGAUCAGGUCUCUCUUGGGGUCACAUAUGCCCCCCUAGUGGAUCCCUGGAUUGAGCGGCCCUGCUGUGGGGACCCUGUAUUCGUGCAUAUAACCAUGGAGCAGAAGAGCAGGGCCAGCAGUGCUCCUGGUGGUAAGCCCACAGAAAGGGGACCCCUGGCUCUGUGCAUGCCCAGCCCAUGAUCCCUCAGGGUGAACUUUCACUAGGUGCCAAGCUCGGACCCAGGAACCUUUGAUGAUUCUCCAUGGCUUGUGGACUAAUUUUGGGCUCCGUUGGGCGAUUACAUGUCCUUUUGCUUUGAGAACUGUCAGGACAACCUCAGCCACGUCUGUGAGAUCCUUGGGCACCUGACCAGCCAAGCCCGGGGAGCGGCCCCCUACCUCGUCGGGGACCUGCCCCUUCCUGACGAUUAUGAGCUCUUCUCAGAUCUCAAGGAUGUCAUUCAAGACCUGAACAGUUUCGCUGAGUACCAUGCUGCAGUGCCUUGUCCCCUGGUCCCCGCCUCCAGCCAGCCACCAGUGGCCCCGCAGCUGCCUUUGGUGAGGCGGUACUUAGCUAGGUAUCCGGAGGCCCUGGCCUUCAACAUGGAUGUUGUCCCAGUUGCUGCGGCCACCCUUGCUGUUUAUAGUUCCAACUCUGCAUCCAGAAAUGGUCCUGAGCAGCAGCUGGCCAAGGGGAGCAGCCUUGGGUCUAUGGAAUCCCCCAUCUUGUCUAGUUCUGCACGCAGGACUGAUCCUGGUCCUGUGGGGCGCUCAUCGCAACCAGGGUAGGUGGCCCCCACACCUGUCCCUGCACUUUCAGGAUCUGCUAACCCGCCUGCCCAGAAACCAGACCCAGUUCCACCAGGGGGUCCAGAAACCCAGAAGACAAAGGAAGAAGUUUCUGAGACAGAGGGAGCAGAGGCAGCCUUAGGUACCUCCCAGCAGGUGGCAGACACCCCAGAGACCCCAGGAGAGCUAGCAGUUUCUCUUACUCCCUACCCCACAGCCCUGGAUUCAGAACACAGCCCAGGCAGAUGCAGUAGUGCCCCUAGUGAUGAAGUGGCCUGCAUAGCUGAGAAGCCCCACAGUGCCCCAGCAGGACAGAGUGGCAUUGCCAGAUGACUCUAGCCAUAGUGUGCCAGGUAGUGCCUUAUCCGCUUGCUUUAUUGCUUUAUUGGAGGUGCACCCAGUUGGGCUCUGCGCUGUCAGAACACAAACAGCCCCCUUGUUGUCUUCACCACCCCCACCUUCUCUUAUAGUAGAAUAUUGAGCUCUACCAUGUGUCCCUCAUUCUCUGACUUCUCCAGUCACCCAGAGGCUGCCUCCCACUAGGUUCUCAGCUGCAUUUCCAUUAGUUGGACAGAGUUCCAUACAGCAGUCCCCAUUCAGAUAUCUGUAUGUCUUCAUAACCACCCCCCUCCACAGACCCCUCAUUCAAUGUUGGCUGGACUGGACUAGGUCUGCCAUGCCAGCCCUGUUUGGAUCUGACCCUGGAUGGUAUCUCUACUUAGGCCUCCUUUCCCACCUUGGCUCCCUGUGACCUUUGUCCUCUGGGCUAGAAUUUGAGGAAGGCUGCAUGGAGCAAGUGGCCACUUUGAUCACUUAGUACUAGCGGGAUGGCAGAGAAAGAUGUUGUUUCCCUAUGGGUAUGCCAGCAGCCUGGGACAGCUAGGGAGUUGGGAUACAAGCCUCCUUGCCAGUCUUAACUAAGUUCCAGGCAUUUUCCCCAUCUGUAUAUUAACAUUGUAGUCACGCCUGGUGUUUUCAGAAGUUAGUGAAUUUCUGUGUCUCAGUGCCUUUGCCCCUGUUGCCCUCCCACUUUCUGCCCUUCAGCAUUCCCUGCCUCCCUCCCCAGUGUUGGGCAUUGCUGACUCAACACUUAAACCAUAAGACUAUAAAUGACUUGUAUCUGUGGUGGGUAGAUUGUGAGCCUCUAGGGCAGGGGCUCCAUCCUGAACAGCUUUGUGUCCCUGGUACACAACUGGUACUCAUUAAACAUGUUAAAUCCA